AAAUCCAAGAGAAGGCGAGAGAGAGAGAGGGGAGCAUUACAAACGGUUUCGAAAUAUGCCGAAGCAAGUGAUUAAAUCGGGAAGUCGACCACCGUGGGUUGGUUUAUCGGCGGCAGUAUGGCUCGAAAUCGCCGCCGGCAACGCUUACAACUUCCCGUUGUACUCCCAUGCUCUCAAAUCGGUGUUGGGUUACAAUCAGCAACAGCUCACAAUCCUUGGAGUUGCCAAUGAUGUCGGAGAGAGCGUCGCUUUGCUUCCUGGUUACGCCUGUAGCAAGCUUCCGCCAUGGAUGGUCCUCUUUGUCGGUGCUUUUGCUUGCUUCUUCGGCUACGGACUCAUUUGGCUUUCCGUUUCUCAGACUCUUUCUGGUCUUCCCUUUUGGAUGUUGUGGAUCGCACUAAUUGUGGCUACUAAUAGCAAUGCGUGGUUUGGGACAGCAGUUCUAGUGACGAAUAUGAAGAAUUUCCCACUCAGUAGAGGCACUGUUGCCGGAAUUCUCAAAGGGUAUGCUGCAAUUGGUGGAGCAGUUUACACUGUGAUAUACAAUGUCUUUCUGGAUCAAUCUUCUAUGAAAUUACUGCUGUUCCUGGCUCUUGGAAUCCCGGUUAUCUGUUUCGUGAUGAUGUACUUCAUUAGACCAUGUGCUCCUGCUUCUGGAGAGGAUUCAUCUGAGCAUGUCCAUUUCGUUUUUACUCAAGCCAUGGCUUGUUUUGCUGCUCUCAUUGUUCUAAUCAUCACUGUGGUUGGCAAUUUGAUCUCAGUAAGCAGUAGCGUUACAUAUACACUGGUUGGUUUAGUGGUUGUUCUUUUAGUGUCUCCUCUUGCAAUUCCUGUCAAGAUGACAUUUUUCCGGAAAAAGUCUGUGAAGAAGCCAAACCCUCCUGCUGAACCUGCAGAAAGUUUGGAUCAGGAGGCAGGGGAGAGUAAUCAAACCAACCUAUUGUCGAGACCCUCUUCAUCUCUUGAGAGUUUCAUUGAGAUGGAGGAUGAUGAUGCUUCGGAUAUACAGACCCUUUUAGCUGAGGGAGGAGGAGCAGUUGAGAAGAAGAGAAGACCGAGGAGAGGAGAAGACUUUAGAAUGAGAGAAGCGUUGGUCAAGGCUGAUUUCUGGCUUCUAUGGUUUCUUUACUUCCUUGGUGUUGGAUCUGGUGUCACAGUUUUAAACAACUUGGCUCAGGUUGGGAUUGUAGUUGGUAUUAACAACACAACAGUCCUCUUAUGCCUCUUUAGUUUCUUUAACUUUGUUGGCCGGCUUAGCUCAGGAGCUAUUUCAGAGCACUUUGUCAAGUCAAGAGCAAUGCCGAGAACCAUUUGGAUGACAUUAGCACAGUUUCUAAUGGUACUUGCUUUCAUUCUCUACGCUCUUUCUUCAACCGCCACUCUCUAUCCCGCAACCGCGCUUCUAGGCACAUGCUACGGAUUUCAGUACGCUCUCAUGGUUCCUACAGCAUCUGAGCUCUUUGGACUGGAACACUUCGGCAUCAUCUAUAGUUUCAUGAUUCUAGGAAACCCAAUUGGUGCAGUUCUCUUCUCCGGUUUACUAGUUGGUCGUUUAUAUGAUGCUGAGGCUAUCAGACAAGGAAGCUCGACUUGUUACGGACCAGAUUGUUUCAGGCUGACUUUCAUGAUCCUGGCCUGCGUCUGUGGGGUUGCCGCAAUUCUCGGCGUGAUUUUAACUGUUAGAAUAAGUCCGGUUUAUCGGUCGCUAUACGGGUCAAGAUCUUUCCGGUUACCUCAAGAAUAAUGAUACCACCUGAGGCAGGCAUUAGUGUCGUUUGGUUAUGUGUGUAAACAAAAUACCUUUAUUCAGAAAGACAGAGUUGAAAAAAGCUGUAAAGAAGUUUUUUUGACUGGAA